CCUCCCUCCCGUGUCGGCGGUAUCCAUCCAUCUCUCCCACCUCUCCCACCCACCUGCGGCAAAACCCUAGCCCCCUAAACCCCCCCGCCCUAUCGCGCGCCUCUCGCCGGCCCCGGUUCGCUCCCCCGGGGUCCCCGCCCGGUCAAGAACCGCCUCCGCCUCCACCGCCGACGACAUGGACAUGGACGCGUGGGAGCGCCUCGCCGCGGACGUCAGGCUCCACGGUUCGUGCUUCGAUGCGUUGAUUGGGCUGGAGGACGCGGAGGGGAGCGGCGACGAGGAGGAGAGGGGCGCGGCGGAGGUGGCGUGCCCGUUCUGCGACGAGGAGUUCGACGGCUUCGGGCUGUGCUGCCACAUCGAGGACGAGCACCAGGCGGAGAACAGGGCCGGGGUGUGCCCAAUUUGCUAUGAUGGAGUCGGGAUGGACUUGGUUAGUCACAUCACUUCACAGCAUCCCAGUUUCUUCAAGGGUAAAUGGAGAAAUCGUCGAGUUUCACAUGGAUCACAUUCUUCAUCGCGUGCUGCAUUGAAAAAGGAUGCGAAAUACCUGCAGUACCGUUAUGGAGGAUCCACGCGUUCUGCUUCACAAAACACAGAGGCUGAUCCUCUACUAUCCUCUUUUGUCAGCAACUUCACUGACAUAGAUUUACCAAAAGACGUACAGCAAGAGUUCUCGGAUGAAAUGGAUGAGAAAAGUGUUUCCUUAGAACAGAAGGAACAGAAACCAGUGGAAAGUGCUGACGAUGAACCUUUGCUCCCUGAGGUCAAGGAAGAGAAAACUCGGAGGAGCCAAUUUGUGCAGGGGCUGGUGUUGUCCCUGAUGUUUGAUGACAUCUUGUGAAGAGUUUCCAUUCUAAAAAUUGAUUGAAGGCAGCCGUCGCUUCCGCCAAACAGUAUAAUACCAAGUGGAAGUUGGUGAGAUCUAGAUGAUUUUCCAUCUGAAGAUGGCAACAUUGUUCUAGGAUGAUCAGAAAGAUGAAUUUGUGAAUAUGAAUGUUCCUUAGCAUGUGACAAGUGUGUCGCACAAAUAAGAUCAUAUGUAUAUCUUGGUAACACCAUGAAUACCUUUGUUGUCAGGAGACCCAAGUGGCCUUAGCUGUAUGUAUGUUGGGAUGCCAAAAGAUUUCCAGAAUGAACCCUCUUUAUUCGUAAUUAUUCCAUUU